AUGGAACGUUUACCACGAGGAAUCAACUCUAUUUUAUUGGGAACAGUUUACCAUCCUCCUCAGAGUGAUGACCAUGUUCUUCGAAUGCAUAUCUUCAAAUGUUUGGAUUCUUUACUUGCCACCUAUCCUAAUUCUGCCAUCUUGGUCCUUGGUGAUUUCAAUCAAUUCAAACCAGGAAAUCUCUGCAACUCUUUUAGAUUGAAGAAACUGGUUACCAAGCCCACCAGGGAAAGUAAUAUCAUUGACCAAGCUUUUUCAACUCUGUCACCUUACUACGAUGCCAUCAUCCUGCCUCCUAUUGGUCAAUCCGAUCAUUCCAGUAUCUUACUACAACUUAUUUUGACACAUGCUCCAAGUCUACCAACCACACGAUUGCAAAAGCGUGAUUAUCGAGCUCCUAACAAACAAAAUUUGAUCUCUCGUCUGAAUACUGUUAACUGGACGCCACUCAUGCGGCUGAAUUCAUGCGAGGAACAACUGGAUUCUUUCCAGUCGGUAGUUCACGUUGCUUUGAAUUCCUGUAUCCCCAUGCGUACUGUGAAACAUCAUCGUAAGGUACCGGUCAUUAUUUAUGGUGGGGGGUGGCACCGAAGACAAAUGUUUUUAGUGGCAAAAAUUUUGCUGACCCAACCAUUAAAAAGUCAAAAAUUUGAUUACCCAACCCUCAAAUAUCAAUUAAAAAAUAAAUACCCACCCCUGGCCAAAAACGUUACAAAAGGAUUGUUCAGUUGUCACAUAUGUCCUUUACCACUUCUGUGACAUGAGUUUGAUAACGGCUUGUGAAAUUUUCUGCAGUCUAAAGUUGCAUGUUGUCUGCACAUGUACUUUCUUUGGAGACACCAUUUGUCUCGAUCCCAACAAAUCGGAAAAUGAUCAAGAUAUCGACUCUGAUUGAUUUACAUAUUGUAUUGACAUAUAUAUGACUGUUGACAUUGCUUUUUAGUCUCCAAUAUUUCAGUGAGUCAUGCUUUGGAAAUGACAAUAAAUUUUCAUUACCCAACCCUUGAGUUGUUUUCUUUUUCAUUUACCCAACCUUUUACUUACUCAAAAUUUCGUUUACCCAACCCUUUUCUCUUCGGUGCCACCCCCGCCAUAAAUAAUGACCGGUCCCUAACGACAAACCAUGGAUUACUCCUGUUAUUAAAGAAUCUAUUAAGAAACGUCAACAAGCUUGGUUGAAUAGUGACUUACACCAAUAUAAUGUUUAUCGCAAUAAAGUGAUAAAACUCUGCAAGAGAGCACGCCAAAGAUUCUACAAUGACAAAAUUAAUCACAUGCAUGAGAGUAAUCCUAAAAAAAGUGGUGGGACGGAAUCAAGCUGUUGUCUGGACUUUCUAAUCCUCCUCCGUUAACAAGCUUAGCCGUAAAUGGCACUGUUUUGAAGGACUUCGAUUUUGCUGUCGCUAUUAACGAAUCCUUUUGCAGUGUUGCUGCUGACAUACCACAACUAAACUUUACUCCCAUACCUGUUUCCAACAUUCCUGAUGAGUACAUUAUUACCCGUGAUGCCGUAGAACUUGCUUUGGUGGCUGUCCAAGAUCGCAAGUCUAGGACCUGACGAGAUUCCCAAUUGGCUCUUGAAAACCUGCGCCACAACUAUUAGCACCCCUGUGUGUUCUAUGGUUAACUCUUCUAUUAGAGAAGGUCGUGUCCCCGGGCUGUGGAAAUGUGCGGACGUCCUCCCGUUGGGGAAGAUCUCUAGACCGAAGUCUAUUGAUAUGGACCUUAGACCUAUAUCUCUAACUGCAGUGUUGAGCACAAUUCUUGAGUCUUUUGUUUUCAACUGGCUUGCACCUAUUGUUAUGCCAUACAUCGACCCUUUCCAGUUUGGUAGUGUGAAAAAGUCUUCAACCACUCACGCCCUCGUGCAUUUAGUCCACUACUGGCUCUCUGCCCUGGAAACGCCUAACACCAUUAUCCGAACCUGCUUCAUCGAUUUUUCCAAAGCGUUUGAUCGAAUUGAUCAUAACAUUCUGAUGCGCAAGUUACAGCUUCUCAAUGUUCUACCGGUCCUAUUAAACUGGUGUUCAUGUUUUCUUCAAGGCAGACAGCAGCGCGUCAAAUUAAAAACUUGUAAAUCUGAUUGGAAAGAAAUAAAAGCUGGAGUUCCGCAAGGUACCAAACUUGGUCCUCUGUUCUUUCUUAUAAUGGUCAAUGAUCUGUCCAGCGAAUUGCCUUUGUAUAAGUAUGUUGACGAUUGUGCAAUCUCUGAAGUCGUUAGAGUAUGUGAACCGGAUCUACCAAAAUUACAGCAAGAACUUGACAACGUGACCCAGUGGUCAAGUGCGAACAACAUGAAGUUGAACGUUAAAAAAACUAAAGAUUUCACCGUGUCAUUUUUGAUCAAUCAACCCUUGGCGCAACCCUUGAUUGUCAAUAACCAACCCCUGGAGGCUGUUAAUACCAUCAAGCUCCUGGGGGUAAAUUUAACCUCCGAUCUUAAGUGGACUACACACAUCAGACACAUAUCCUCCAAAGCAAGCAAACGUCUGUACGCUUUAAGGAUAUUAAGAAGAAAUGGUGUCCAACCGAGUGAUCUUAGGGCAGUAUAUUGUAGUUUUAGUUUUUAUCAGAUCUGUCUUGGAAUAUGCGUGUCCAGUCUGGCAUACCUCGUUACCAAAGUUCCUGACUGAUGAAUUAGAGCACAUUCAGAGACGUGCGUUCAAAAUUAUUGUUCCCCACUUGUCCUACUCCGAAAGCCUCAAAGACCUAAAGUUGCCCACUCUCAAGGAGAGAACGGAAUUGUUAUGUAGAUCUUUUUACAAAAACAGUUAUAAUGACACUUCGAGCAAAAUUUUUAAUCUAUUACCUGAACCUUUAGAUCAUCAGUACAAUCUUAAACAUUCCCGAUCUAUCUCACUUUUUAAAACCCGAACUAAACGCUAUAAUGAUAGUCUUUUGCCAUAUUGCGUACGCAAAUGGAACUCUUUUUAACCUUUUAGGCUUCUAUAGAUUAAUAUAUCAUUUGUAAAUUAGCAAUCCUACGUUAUUGUAAUUAGUAUUACCAGCGUAUCUAUAAUCUGUGUAUACGUAUUUUGUUCUACUAUUUUUAAACUAUGUAAACUUGUGUUUUUCAGUUCGUUUUUGAACUGCCGUUCAAGUAUUUUAAUAAAUCUAAUCUAAAGUUAUAACUUUCUAAAGAACAGUCCAGUUCUACAAUCUGGUAUCGCAGUUAAACAUAUUGCCAAGUGUUGCCCGAGCAAAUUCAAGUGCAGAAUUGAAGGAUGUGGCGCGUCACAUCACACGUUGUUGCAUAUACCAAACCAGCAAAAGAAAGAGAGCAAUCAAGAUUCUUCUCAAAAGGACGGCAGUGAUUUGCAAGCCGGCUCUGUCAAUACGGCUUUUCUGCAGUAUUCUGAUGCUGUUCUGCUACAAGUUGUACCUCUACGUGUUUUUGGAAAACGGGGGAAAGUCGUGACCGUAUCUGCCAUGCUCGACUCGGGAUCAGAGAUAACCCUGGUGGACCCCUCACUAGCAUCAACUCUGGAUUUAUAUGGACAACCUGAUGAAUUGGUCGUAUCAACAGUGAGCAAUGACAUUGAUAUUCAACAUGGUUAUCGGGUCAAUCUUUCAGUUGAAUCCCUUAUCGACAAUUAA